CCUUUUGCAGCUACAUCCGGGCGAAACUACGCAAUGUCUUGACCCUGAUUCGCAUCUUAAGGAGCAAGGUGUAUAAGUUGAAACAAUUUGCAGAAUGGAAAUGCGGCGUGUGUGGCUCGCACUGGGAUUUCUAGUCCUCAGUGCCGCUGAUGAUUCCGAGGACUGCGAUGACAGAAAUUGGCACAGCUUGGAAACCUCAGACUCUGCGAGACUGGAGUGUGGUCCUGCUUUUCAGAAUAGGUGUUUCUGCUCGAGGAUUUGUUAUGAGGGAAGACAUCAGUACGUCGUUAAUUGCACCUCCUCCAAUUUUACGGAUGUGAAGCCCUUGGAAAGUUUACCUAAUAAAACUCAGGUAUUAAUUUUCACGGGCAAUACAUUGAAAAAGCUUCCAUGGAAUAUUUUCGGUACAUUAGAUAGGAUACCAAGUUUGAGAGUUAUCGACAUGUCGAGCAACCUAAUUCAAGAAAUAAGUGGAAAAGCUUAUCACCAUGUGAAGAAUGUGCAAAGACUCAGUUUAGAUUUCAAUGAAUUAUCUAUAGAGUCCCAAAGUGAUCAUCCACGCGUAUUCUCCAAUUUCGAGUCCCUCCUGGAAUUGCAUUUGACUGAUGCCUUCGAGGAUGGACCUCCCAGGGAUCUAGCUGAAACACUGCACAAUAUAUUCGUUAAUAGUAAUUUAUCUCAGCUGAUAAAGCUUCAUCUGGAGCAAAAUGAAAUCUCUGAAUUCCGCGAUCCGAAUGUCUUCUGUGAUCUACCGAAUCUCCUAGAUCUUCACUUGGGAGAUAAUUCACUGACUGCAUUGCACUUCAACCUCUCAUGCCUGCACAAAUUGAGAUUUUUGGAUCUUCAACGGAACAAAUUCACUAGGGUACUAGAUCGGGACAUGAAGACCUUAGACACAUUUGCAAAGCACAAUCAAACUGUGACAAUCGAUCUGUUGGGUAAUCCAUUUGAGUGCUCGUGUAAGCUUAAUCCGUUUAUCAAGUGGAUGAAAAAAACUCAGAUCUUUGUGAGGAAUCGGAAUGAUUUGAAAUGCAAAGAUAAACAUAAUAAACAGAUUGCCUUCCAAGAGACCAAGAAUUGCAUCGCAAAACUGGGUUUAGCAACCGGAAGCUCAGCAACGGCAGCGGCAGUUGUGAUCCUCUCAUUAGUCCUAGUAGCGCUCGUCUGCGCUCUAAUGUACGUUCAGCGUGAAGAGCUGAAGAAAAAGCUUGGACCAGUAAUAGACUCAGUGAACAAACGCGUAAGAUAUACCUCAAUAGCAACUGCAGAGGCUCGAGAGAAUGAAACUUUUCGAAGAAUGGCAUACGCCGGGCGUCUUCGCCUGGAUGAAGUCAUCAGUUCUGUGCCAGAAUUGGGGCCAACAUUACCUGAUGGCGGGUAUUCUUGGAUUGUACUCGCUGGCUCAAUGGUCAUUCAGAUGACAGUGCCAACCAUAACAUCAAUGUAUGGAGUAGUCCUCGGGGAUUUAGCACUUGAUUCAGCAUAUGGAUUGGAUUCGUGGCAACAUGAAAUUGGACUCACUCCUAUUCUCUUCACAGCAUUCUUAUGCCUAGCUGAUCCAUGGUCCCGCGUAAUAGUACACCUAGCCACAGUACCUCGGCUCGUUGGCUUUAUUGGAGUUUGCCUUCUAUCAAUUGGUGUUCUAGCCUCAGGCUACUUGGCAACAGGUGGAGUGGGUGCUUACCUAGCAAGUUCAAGCGCCGGGGCUGUAAUGGGAAUUGGAGGAAGUUUUAUCCUCGUUCAGACGGAAAACGUUCUCCGAAGAAACUUUCGUACUCACUUGAGAUUGGCUUUGACUCUGAAAGAAGUGGCGACUUCUCUGGGAUUUGUUUUUGCUCCUGGGUUUGCCCUCGCAUUGUUCUCUAGAUCAACUCCCCAGAGUGGAUUGCUUCUAAUGGCUUGCUGCUUCAUCCCAGCGGCAAUGGGAACAUUGGCUUUGCGAUCGCCAAUCAUUCAUUCUCGGACGAGUCCUUAUACUCUUCUGAUCAGUGAUGAGGACAAUGAGUUGACUGAUAGAGUGGUUCCUAGCAGAACUGAAGGAAAUAGCCAGGAUAAUAGUUCUAGGAAUAUGUUCAAUGGAGAAAGCAGAACUGAAGGGGCUCCGUCAAGUAUAUCUCGGGAUGGAAAUGAUGUCUACAAUUUUCAAGAUCCCGAAGAAGAUCGAGAGAUUUUCAGCGUUUUGAAUCACCGAGUGAAUGUUUUCUCAGGGUUCAGACAAAAGUGUCAAGUUUUCAAGUCAGGGAAAUUCUGGGUGGGAGCAGUUGCUUGCAUUGGCUGUAAAGCUGGAGGUCUUUUUCUCUGGAUUCUACUUCCAUCGUUAGCGACAGUGCAAUUAGGAUCAGCUAGUUUGACGGAAGGAGUGACUACAUCUGUUGCAGCUGGAUUGGGGACUUUCAUUCCAAAUGUGGCGUCCUAUUGGCAACCCAGCACUGCCAGGUGGAGGAGUUUUUGUUUCGGGAGUGCAUCCUGGCUCGGAAGCUUAACACUUCUAGCCUUAUGUACUGAAGUAGCUUUUCCAAUUUAUGUCACCGUAGCAUUUCUUGGAGGAGUGAGUGUAGGUGGUACUUCGGUAUGCCUCGAGUCAGCAUUAUUCGAUGCCAUGGGGAGUCAAUCAGUGAAAAAAUCACAUAUCAUGUUAUCUAGUAUCGUUGGGCUGAGUAUCUUAGGAUUUUCCUUCAUUAAAAGUCCUCUCAUUUGUCUCCAAUUAACGGCUGCAAUUCAAUUCAUAGGCGGAAUUUACUGGGUUCUGGUUCCCCUCUUAGGAAUCAUUCGAGCCAGAUGACAACACAAAUGGUCCUGAAAAGUUACUACACUUACCGACAGCAAUGAUUACACAGUUAGUAUGCAGCUUCGGCUGUCAUCUAAGCUGAGAAGCGUCGAGCUUGGCUAGUACUUAAAUGGGUGCACUGCGAUAUAACUGCUGUAUCGUUACAUAUACUCUAUAGCUAUGUGUUAAGGAUAUCCAAGUACUUUAGCUAUUUUUUCUCCCGCGAAAUACUUUUCUACUUUUAUA